CUCUCAGGGACUACUGUGCUUGAGGCCUUAUCUCAUCAUAUGUGUCUCCCGGGUGAGGCAUUUCAAAUGAGAGGGACUUUGUUUAACUCAAGGGGGUUGGAUAAGCUCUGAUAAGCUGGAGCCUUGUUUUCUUGCUUGGAAUUCUCCCUUGGAGGGGAAAGAGGACAAAGAUUAUCUGGAAUAUAGGAAGAGAUCGUAGCUUGUGUUCUCAGAGAAGCCGUGAGUAGAAAUGUAUUCUUUCAUUCAGUACUUAUUCAGUGAAGGCUGUAUGUUAGCAGUUGAUUAGGUUAAAGGACUAAAACAUCAGUGCAUUAAGCACAUAAGUAAAUAAUUAUAAAAUGGUGUAAUUGCUAUCAGAAAAGUCCCAGUUUGUCUGAUUUUAGUUUCUGGGGUCCUAAGUGAAAAAUCAACUCUCCGUAUUUGGUUUAAUCACCUAUUUUAUUAUUUGAGAGCAAGAACCAAGGUGUCCUCAAAUUGUGAAAGUAUCCAGGACUUUGAAUUACUCCUUUACUAUUCUUAUCCCUGAAGCGUGCUUUAUGCUCUCCACCACCAGCACCAAAUAGCAUUAUAGGGGUAUAUGUUGCAGUGCUUCUGUGGCUCUUCAAACUAACUUUCUUCAAAGGCAAUUAUCCCCUUCCUAGAUUGUGCUCAGAUAUACAGGAGUCAGAACACUAUUCACUGAUGCUUCAAAUAGCAUAAUGACAGGUUAGCAGGGGGAUGAUGUAUUUAACUUUGUUGCGAUAAAGAACUUACAAAAGUAAUGAGUUUUUGUUUACUAAAUCAUAGUACAUAUGUCCUGAAGCAAUACAGUCAGUUAUCUGGUUAAUUUUAUAGUCAAAACUUCCUUGAUCUUCUGACUGGCAUGUUUGGUUACUGCAUUUUUUCAAGUCAUUUAUAGGCCAAAUGUUUAUUGGUUGCAGUGGGCCCUGCUGUGGAAUCUGUCACAUCCCUUAAUGUGUUAGUAAAGCAGGUUUAAUGGCUUAUGAAUGAAAUAUGAUUAUCUUUUCCCCCCCUGUUCUUAGCCCCUGGCGAAUAGUGGAUGACUGUGGUGGGGCCUUUACUAUGGGUACCAUUGGUGGUGGUAUCUUUCAAGCAAUCAAAGGUUUUCGAAAUUCUCCAGUGGGAGUAAACCACAGACUACGAGGGAGUUUGACAGCUAUUAAAACCAGAGCUCCACAAUUGGGAGGUAGCUUUGCUGUUUGGGGAGGUCUGUUUUCCAUGAUUGACUGUAGUAUGGUUCAAGUCAGAGGAAAAGAAGAUCCCUGGAACUCCAUCACAAGUGGUGCCUUAACAGGAGCCAUACUGGCAGCAAGAAAUGGACCAGUGGCCAUGGUUGGGUCAGCUGCAAUGGGUGGCAUUCUCCUAGCUUUAAUUGAAGGAGCUGGUAUCUUGUUGACAAGAUUUGCUUCUGUGCAGUUUCCCAAUGGUCCUCAGUUUGCUGACGACCCUUCCCAGUUGCCUUCAACCCAGUUACCAUCCUCACCUUUUGGAGACUAUCGACAAUAUCAAUAGGACAUCUUCCCCAGGAUUUCUUUAACAAAAUGAGCUGUAGUUUGAGAAGGAUUUCAGAAAAUCAAAUUACAAUCGGUUUUUAAAAGCGUAGGUUUUUAAAACUAUGGCCAAAUAGGCUAUGAAGAGACAUUUAGCACUUUUUUCUAUUUAAAGGAACAUGGGGUGGGAGUGUUAAUAAUAUAUUUAUUUAUUCACACUUGCAUUGCAUUUGUGAUUAAAAUGUCUCAUAUCAUUAAAAGAAAAUAUGGUAAGUGCUCUCAAGAUGAAGGACCAAAGGGCAAAUAACAGUGCAGUGUGACCACCAAUUCCUUGAGGACUUGUCUGCCUAAUUUUAUGUGUUCUGUUAUUCAAACAAUAAAAAGCUCCUGGAACUUACUCUU